GUGCUGCCUUACAGAGUAGUUUGCACGCCACGAAAAACCUGUCACGUGAUCUCCUCGCCAUUACGCAUUGGAUUAGACGGAGACCUCUAGUAAUUAGAGUUUUCACAUUUUUCAACUUCUAGAUUAUUGAGAGUUUUUUCAAUGAAGCGAAGAAAAAGAAACCCCCGGAUGUUAUGUCUAAAUAUAGCAUCCACGUGGUUUUGUUUACUACCAACACGUGCUAUGGUGGAAUCAAUAUGCUAAUGCGGCAGUUGCAGUUGCUAGCGAUCAUUGUCGGCAUCGUUCGAGCGUGCCCCGAAGACUGUAAAUGUUUCAGCAAAACUCUGGACUGUAGUUUCAGAAGGCUGAAGGAGCUCUUCAAUAUCCAUGACAACUAUCAGAUCUGGAAUUUCAGUGGCAAUUCAUUGGACACCAAAGCAAUGAUAAAUAUAGAACCAAGUGUUACAGAUUCCGUGCAGAUUCUUGAUAUUAGUCAUAACGAACUUGGCAAUGUUAAAGAGCCCUCUUUCCUACGAUUUGGUCAAUUAAGAGAAUUGAACUUAUCACACAAUGAAUUAAAUGAUUUUAAAAGUUCCUUACCCCCAGGACUUGGGGUUUUAUAUCUCAGUAACAAUUUAAUACAUACAUGGCCACAUCUUUAUUUAGCUCAAGCAUCUCAAGUUACGAAAAUUCAUUUUGAUCAUAAUUUACUUAAUAACAUGAGCUGUGAAGCUGAUGCAGAUUCUCUCUUACACAGACUAAUAAAUCUAGAUUUAUCAUACAACCACAUUGAACAUAUUGAUAAAUGUAUUUUGAAAACUAUGCCAGAUUUAAACGAUUUAAACUUGUCCAAUAACAAAUUAUCUGCAAUAAAAGAAGGGUUAUUUGACUCCAGUACACAGCUACAAAAGUUAGAUUUAUCAAAGAACAUGUUAAGAAAAAUUCCUGGGGGCAUCUUUGAAAAUCUCCCAAAUUUGGCAUACCUAUUUUUAUCACACAAUAAACUUGUAACUUUCCCACUUCAUUUACCUGUUUUUGAAGUAUUAGAUUUGUCUUUUAAUGAAAUUUCAUGUGUGAAAGAGGAUAAAAAGAAGGAUGUAUACCCCCAUGAGAUUCUCUUGUUGGGAGGAAAUCCAUUUCAUUGUGACUGCAAAAUUCGAUGGUUGAAAGAAUUCAUUGAAAUGAGGGAAUAUCAAUUGCAUUACUUUGAUAUUCCAGAGGAAAAGUUCAUUCCAAUUUGUCACAGUCCUUAUAACCUGUUUAACGAACCUUGGAACAUGCUGAGUACCGAUUUAUUCGUCUGUGAUUAUGACAACAUUCACGAGGAGGAGGAUACUAUAUUCGAAAAUUCUGAACAUGAAAGUGAAGAUAACUUAAAAUUAGAAGCAGUGAAUAUUGCAGAAAACUCUGUAAAAUUGCAAUGGAAAAACAUUCAAGUGAUUUCUCUAAUUGAAUCAACAUAUCAACUAAAAUACCAUCAGUUCGGCCAUAGGAACAAAGAGACAAUACGCUCUUUUAGAUCCACCACUUCUUCUUAUGUCCUUCAUAAUCUCACGGCUGGUACAGCUUAUAUCAUCUGCUUGCAAGAGGUCACUUCCAUCAGUAAUAAAGAAUUGGACUGUGUCGAGCUUAUCACAGCUGAGGACAGUUCACUAUUGGCCUACUUAUUUUUUGCUUGCAUUUUAUCAGUUUUGUUUUUCUUUUUUCGUAACUAAAUUGCAGCUGUCAGGAUUGAUCUAAAAUUCCAUCAGAUGACUUAAAGAUUAUUGUGUUUGGAGGGGGGGGGGGGGUUGUAAUUUGUAAAGGGGAGGAACAGAUUUUUUCAUAAAGAAUUAAAAAAUUUUUAGUUUUGAAACUCAUUGUACUGUUGUUAGAGAAAGGGAUAUGCAUGUUUUAGGUUGUUUUUUUUUUGCUAACACUGGAAUCUAUAUGUUGAGGGAUAGUUAUAGCUGCAGGUCUGUAGGUCCUAGUCUGGCUCUGCGGAAAUUCGGAUGGACGACCUGGGAGCUACAGUGCCACCCAUCCAAGGACAUCCAUACAAUUUUUUCAGACUCAGGAAGCUACAGACCUGCAGCUUGGGUAGUUUGAGAUUUUUCUUCAUUUAUAAGAUAAUGAGAUUUUAUUUGGAGGAAAGAGGGAUGUGCCAUAAUCAAUGUUUUUUACUUCAUGUCUAUGAUGUCUUUCUUUACAAUGAGUGUAAAGCAGUUAAUUGAAAAUGGAAGUAAAUACACCAUAGUCAUCAAGCGAAAUAAAGAAUAUCUAAAAUAUUUGUAUUUCAGCUGAUUAUGAUUUUAAAAAACUAUUUUUCAUUUAAUAAAAUUAACUCAGAAAUGUA